CUGAAAAUGUGUGUGUAUUUACAACGUUUUAUUUUCAUGUGUUUAGUAUGAAUGUUAAAUUAAUGCUUAUGGUUUUUAAUGACGGAGCUAAAUCAGAAUGUGGCGGUUCUGGCAUGAGUGCCUGGGGUAUUUUUUUCUUGUAGGCGUGGUGCACAAGUGCUUGUAUUUAAACCACUUUUUGGUGAAGGGUUUUAAAGUCCCAGGUUCUUUUUGUCAGAAUGGAUAUUUAUAUUUUCUUUUAAAUUCUGAUGUUUAUUACUCUUCGUACUAGUAGUGAUCCAAGAUGUCUGGAGAAGUGAAGUUCUGUCAUGUUAAUGUUGAGAGAGGGUGUUGUUAUAAUGAAAUGUGAAGAUGUUAUCUUAUGUUUGCGAUGUGGAGUGUCGGAGGUUUUGUUUUGUUCGUAUCAGAAUCAGAAUCAGAACGAGCUUUAUUGUUCACACAUACAAGGAAUUUGUCUUGGUGACAGGAAUUGGUAUGAAUAAAGUAAGAAGGAAAAUUCACUUAUAUUUCCUAAAACUGGGCUGUCGCGGAGCCGUUUACCCUACCCUAGGACACGAAACAACAAGGUGAAGAAACGGGUUGGGUUGGUUUGGUGUGUGUGUCACUGUGGCCGAAGAAAAAGCCGUUUCAAAAUGUAGUUAAACGGGAAAGAUCUUUUGACGUCACAUGUGCCUUUUAAAAAGGGUUUCUCCCAAUACGUAAAGAGGUGUCGCUUUCUAUCCCAUUUACUUCCUGUCAAAUUUAUCCCGGAGAAGAGUGAGUGUCGACACAUAUACACUAAGUUUUCUCUCUGUCUAUUGCGCUUCCUUUCAGCCUUCAGGAAAGAUGAAUAUUUACAGCAAGAUAAUUCCAAACAAGUGGCUAAUGCUGGGAUUUUGUCUGACUUCUUUAAUUGUGUAUUGGUAUCUAUAUGUGAGGAACCGAAGGGAAAGUGUGCCUAGAGUAUCACAGCCUAUGUGUUCUCACACCAUGAGUAAUUGUACAUCCCAGAACUUUGAAAGGACUAUCUCAUUCCCUUACACCCCAAGUCAUUUUGCUAAUGUUUUUACAAAGCCCAAAACACCAUCCACAAAUAUCACUGUCAUCAGUAAGGAAGAAUGGGAUUUCCUACUGGAGGAGCUCAAAUGGCCAGUACCGUCCACCGAGAUUACUUCCCUCAGUGAUACCACAGAUCCGUACCUGUGCUCCUUCUUUGUGAUCAACCUGAAGGAGACCUAUACAGUCGGAGACUUUGUCAAUGUAAUGAUUGUUGCCAGGAAGAACAAUGGAGCCCCUAAGACUUAUGGGGGAGACUUCUUCCAGGCCAAAUUGUACAAUACAGAACUUAAAGCAAGCACUUUUGGAUCUGUGGUGGAUCACUACAAUGGUACGUACACAGUCAGCUUUGCACUGCUGUGGCCCGGUGCUGCUCGCGUAUCUGUCCGAUUGAUCCACUCCAGCGAAGCUGUCCAGAUCUUGAGCCGAUACAGGGAGGAGGAUCCAGACAAAGUCUUCUUUCAUGGAUAUUUUGAAGAUGGGGGCCAGAAGGAGACUGUCAUGUGCAAUGCUAUGAAAAGUCCAGGCCUGAAUGUCAGCAGUAGUAUUUGCUGCUGUGAGUAUCCUGAUCCAUACACAGGGGAGAUCUGGUUCUGUCGUCGACCCACCUCCCUACCCUGCAGUGCCCUGGUCUACCACAGCAUGGGAGGGUACCAGGCAAAUCUCUCCAAAAAUGAAUCUGCUGUGCUUAACAGGAAUCACACCAAUGUUGUUCUACCAGGGCAAAGCCCUGUUAUCAAGGUCUUAUCACAGGAAGCUAAUUUAAGGGAAACCAAAAGAUGCAUUCGAGGUCUGGACACACCAGUACCUUCUGGGUUCUUUUUCAAGGAUCAAUGGACCUCACAAGUGUGUGCCAUGAAGGAGUUUCCCAGGGAAGAAAUGCGCCGCUGCCUCACAGGCAAGGAGGUGCAUAUGAUGGGAGACUCCACAUUGCGCCAGUGGUUUGAGUUUAUAGGAAAAACACUACCAGAGCUGGCACCCAUAAAGCGUCACAGUUCUGAGAAGUCAGGCCCCCUGUUGAUGGUGAACUCUCAGACUAACACGUACAUUACCUGGCGUGCACAUGGGCUCCCCCUCCGCACUACAAAGACGCCUAUGGCUGACUUGCACUAUAUUGCCAAUGAGCUGAAAGACCUGGCAGGUGGGGAGCACACAGUCGUUGCUUUCAACCUUUGGGCACAUUUCACAACGCACCCCGUGCACCUGUUUGUGCGGCGCAUAGCCAUCAUCCGCAGAGCAGUGAAGUCCCUUCUGCAGCGGGCACCACACACUCUGGUUGUCAUCAAGUCAGCCAACACUGGCUAUAAGGAUGUGUAUGGCAGCGACUGGCUCUCCUGGCAGCUGGACUCUGUCCUGAGGGCCAUGUUCAGAGGGUUGCCUGUGGUCCUAAUGGAUGUUUGGCAAAUGACAUCUUGCCACUACUCCCCUGAUGACAUCCACCCACCUGCCAUUGUGAUUCAGAAUGAAGUGAACCUCUUCCUGUCCUUUGUCUGCCCCCAUUAAAAGAUGUUUUGCGGAUGGGUGUUUCUGUGUUGCCAUUUUGACAUGGCGCCACCUCGAUUUGACAUGUUGAAAUAAACACA